AUGUUUAUUAGAACUAAUAAGGCAACAGAUUCUGCCCUUAGUACAACUCGAAGAUUUACUGAAGACUGUGAAAGGUUUCAUCUUCCAAUUAUAUCGUUAUUCUAUCCUUCUGUAGAAUUUGUAGUUAAUACUAUCAGAGUCAAAGAAAACAAACAAAGUGAUACUACUUUUCAACAAAAGAAAAUUUUUGGAUACAUCGAACAACGAAAGAAAAUAGAAGAGUUAAUUCUUAGUAUGAGCCAUCCAAUUCAACCAUUCAAACCAUCUGGAAUUUUAUUAUAUGGGCCAAGUGGGUGUGGAAAAACAACAUUGGUUGAAGAUUUUUGUUGUCACCACUCGUGGUUGAACAUCAAAAUUAUUCGUGGAUCAGAAUUGCUUAGUAAAUAUGUUGGAGAGUCCGAAAGAAACAUUAGGGAGUUGUUUGAUGAAACAGUAGAUCUUAUUAUUUUCGAUGAUUUUGAUUCUUUAGGGCAUCGAAGAGAUGGAGAGAAGACGGACUCUGUUGUAAAUACAUUGUUAACAAUGUUAGAUGGAAUUGCUGAAAGAAAGAUUGCUGUCAUUGCUCUUUCUAAUCGUCCAGAUUUAAUAGACCCAGCACUAUUGAGAGGAGGAAGGUUAGGUGAUUGGAUCUAUUUAGGAUUACCUUCUGAUGGUGAUAAAGAAGAUGUUUUGUCUACUGUAUGUUCAAUGACAUGGAGGGAGUUUUCGUUAAAAACCAAGGAUUGGACAAUGGGUGAUAUUGUUUCUUGUUUACAAAAAGUUUCAGAAAUUAUUUUACAAACUCAAGACACAGAAAAAAAAGUUAGUAUUCUCAAAACGGCUGUUGAAACAUUUAAAGCCUCUGGGCCGAUGAUGGAUUUUUCUCCAUUUAAACAAUUUUUAAUUAGCACUUCUUCUGUAGGGAGAGAUAUGGUCUUAAUUUAA